AUGAGUGUUACAUUCAAGUCGAUGGUUCCGAUAGAAGGAGAGCCAUGCAUACGAAAUGGCUCAAAUGGUGGAGCUACCGUUCAUUUUAGACAAGAAUCCCGACGUCGGAAAUCAGAUUUCGCUCGAAAAUGUAUUGCAGUUAUCUUACUCCAUGCAAUAUUCCUUUUUGCAAUACUAGCUGCACUAAUUAUUGGACAUUGGAUUUCAGAAGAAAAUCAGAAAAUUAAUAAUCGAACGAUGUUGAAUUUAACAUUGGCUGAAGCAUUCCUCCUCGAAUCAACAUUCACCACAACGACGUCAACUCCAGAAUCUCAGAAUUAUUAUAACACACACCUUCUAACAACGUCUUCUGCUUUCGGACCAUUGAAGAAGAAAGCGCCUCCAAGAGUCGUCGAGAGACUAAUCCCGCUGGAGAAAAAACGAAAUUUCACAAUAUCCGAUGUAUUUCCACCUCCGCCAGACGGAGGAUUUGGAAUUGCAGAGCAACUUCACGCAGUUCGAUCGAAUAAAAUGUCUACUGAUGCAUUAUUAGUUCCAUUGCCGUUGUACAUUCUACCGUAUCACUAUGACCUACAGUUAGACUUCUCUCAAUUCGAUACAUCACUUUUCAUUCGUGCCAAUAUCUCGAUUCAUUUGGAGAGUUAUGGUAACUCUACUGAAGAUGAAAUCCAAUUUCAUCUCGGACCAAACAUAAAAAUCGAACGAAUGAGAUUGAGAAAAGACGGAAAGAAGUUCUACGCGAAGACAUUCAAACGAGAAGAAUCGAAAAAAUUGGGAAGAAUUUCGUUGCGAGAUCCGCUUCAAAAAGGGAAGUAUAUUCUGGAAAUGUCAUAUAACAUGACAAUUUGUGAUGAAGAUAUUGAUGGAGUCAGGUGUUCACUUGAUAAUCAGAACAACUCUUCUUUGAAAUCAACAAGUUUCACUACGAAAUUCGAGCCGACCCUUGCCCGAGCAUUUUUUCCAUGUUGGGAUGAACCAGGAGUCAAAGCAACAUUUAAUAUAUCUGUGAGGCAUAAUAAAAAGUAUACCGUAUUAUCAAAUAUGCCUCCAAUUGAACAACUUCAUUUAAUGAAUUGGAAUGAUCAGUUUAAAACUACAGUAUUCCAAUCGACUCCUCCUAUGUCUACAUAUCUUUUGGCAUUUGCUAUCGGAGAAUUCGUAAAAUUAGAAACUCGAACAGAACGAGGAAUACCUGUGACAGUGUGGACAUAUCCAGAAGAUGUGAUGUCAAUGAAGUUCACUCUUGAAUACGCUCCAGUUAUAUUUGAUCGACUGGAAGAUGCACUUGAGAUUCCCUAUCCACUUCCGAAAGUUGAUUUGAUUGCUGCAAGAAACUUUCAUGUCGGAGGAAUGGAAAAUUGGGGUCUCAUUGUCUUUGAGUUUGCUUCAAUUGCAUACACUCCACCGAUUACUGAUCACGUGAAUGAGACAGUUGACAGGAUGUAUAAUGAGUUUCGAAUCGGAAAACUGAUUGCACAUGAAGCUGCUCAUCAAUGGUUCGGAAAUUUGGUGACCAUGAGAGAUUGGUCUGAACUAUUCCUGAAUGAGGGAUUUGCCACAUUUUAUGUCUAUGAAAUGAUGAGUUCGGAACGUCCAGUGACAGCUCAGUUCGAGUAUUAUGACAGUUUAGCAGCACUUGUUUCUGCUCAGAGCGAAGAGGACCACAGACUGUCUUUAGUUCGAGAACUUGCAACUGAAUCCCAAGUUGAAUUGUCAUUUCAUCCUACAAAUCUCUAUACGAAAGGAUGUGUUUUGAUAAGAAUGCUGAGAGAUUUAGUCAGUGAUUUCGAUUUCAAAGCGGCCGUUCGAAGAUAUCUCCGGAAGAAUGCGUAUCGAUCAGUAUCAAGAGAUGAUCUCUUCGCUAGUCUGCCAGCAUACGCAGACCAUGGGGCAGAACAAGAAAAAUUAAAUUUCGUUCUGGAAGGAUGGUUUGUCAAUGAAGGUCUUCCGGAAGUUACUUUGAUAAGAAAUUAUGACAACGAGAUGAUGACAAUAAGUCAGAGGAAGACGGUUCAUCAUGAAUAUCGAAGCUUCUUGAAAGAUAGAAAAUCGACUGCGACAGUCAGAUACAGAGCAAGCAGAAGUGCUGAAGAUGGCUCCACACUGUUUGAUGAUACAUUAUUCGAGGGAUAUAUAGAAAGAAAGAAAGAUAAAAGAAGAAAACAUCGACCGGCGAGGAGGAAGGUCGCGAAUCCGCCAGAUAUCAGUCCAAUAAGUCGAAGAGAUGAGCUGAGAAAACCACGACGAGUUGGUUCAUCUCAAGACUUGUGGACGAUUCCAAUCACUUACAUGUUUGGAUCUUUGAAAACUUCUGAAGGACAAGUUAUUCGAGAAUUCUGGUUGAAGAACCGAACAGUUUCAUUCGGAGACGCAGAGAUAUCACCAAAUCAAGCUGUUCUUGUGAAUCCAGAAUGGAAAUAUCCGUAUCGAGUGAAUUAUGAUUUGUUGAAUUGGAAGCUUCUUGCUCGAACAUUACACCAGAAUCAUCUGGAAAUCAAUGAUAAAUCGAGAAUGCAGUUGAUUCUUGACGCUGAAUAUUUCCUGUCGAACUCAGUGAACCCCCAUCUUUAUUUAUAUCUUCUCGGAUAUUUGGCUCAUGAGUCAAAGAUGGAAGUAAUGCUUUUUGGAAUUGAUGCAGUCUACAGAUUCAUUGAUGUAUUCAAAGCAACUCAACUCAAUAAGGCGAUUCUUAUUUAUUUUGAACCAGUCAUUUCCCAAAUGGAUCAUUUAUUGAAUGAGAGUCAAGUAGAUGCUGAAACGGCUUCAUUAUGGUUGGUCAGACCGGAAAGACUCGCGAAAUUAUAUCAAAUGAGGUGUGCAGCUGGACUUCCAUCGUGUAAAAACGACUAUUAUACUCAAAAAUGGUCUCGUGCUCCAGAUGAAUGGACAGAAGAUGUACAUAAACAGGUCACUGCAGUAUGUCAUCAACUAUUCACAAACACUCCAGAUGAGGUGAAAACUAUUCAUGAACUUCUUGACAGUCGACUCCAAUCAUCUGGUGCCAAGUGGGCUUUAACGGUACAACUCGCAGCGUGUUCUCAUGAUCAGAAACUCUUACGAAAGACAGCUCGAGCAAUUGUUAGCACAAAAAAUGCAGCAGUUUAUGCAUCUGCACUCCAGUCUGAUUUUUCAUUGCAUUACAAUCCAACAUUCCGGAAAUACCUGUGGUCAGAGAUUUCAAAAAUGAGUACAUUUGAGAAGACUGCACUAUUUUCGACCAACUCAACGAAUAUUCUUCCCGCUUCCAGAAUUCUUUUGCAUUCAGUGAAAACGAUAGAUGAACUUCAACAGAUUCGUGGUUUACUCACCAAUUGGGGACCACUUUUAACAUUACAUUUUGAGUAUCUCGAAAGAUAUCUUCUAUGGGUUUCAAGUGUGUCACAAGGCGUUCUUCAUCAGUUUUUCGCAGCUGAUCUCUCUAAUUUUUAA